CCGCUGUGCGCCUGCGCUCCCGCUGCUGCCCGCAGCCCUAGCGAGGCUGGUCCCAGGCUGGGCGCAGCGGCCGGGCGACCGCUGCCCCUCCCUCGCUCCCCGUGGGACUCCAAUUGGACGCCGCCUGCUUGAUUGGUGGGGCUCUGUCCCCAGUCACCAAUAAGCGGGUUCAUCGCGCAGGGAUCCUGUUUCACGCCGUGCAGCCGCUUUUGCCUCGGGAAGCCAAAGUGUCCGGCGGGGAUUGUGCGCUCACCCAUCCAUCAUGCUGCACAUGCUGCCGCUGCUGCUAGCCCUGCUGAGCCUGGGGAGGCAGCUCAGCCCAUGCCUCGCCUGUCAGCUGCCCUCCGACUGGAGACCCUUGAGUGAAAGCUGCCGGGCUGAGCUGGCAGAGAUCAUCGUGUACGCCAAGGUCCUGGCCCUCCACCAGGAGAUGUACAGUAUGUACAACUACCUGCCCUGGCAAUAUGAAGCCAGCGAGGGGGGGCUCUUUUACUCGGCUGAGAUCGAGAUGCUGUGUGACCAGGCGUGGGGAAGCAUGCUGGAAGUUCCUGCAGGCUCUAGGCUUAAUCUCACUGGACUGGGUUACUUCUCCUGUCACUCCCACACAGUCAUGCAGGAUUACUCUUACUUCUUCUUUCUCAGAAUGGAUGAGAAUUAUAACCUUCUUCCUCACGGGGUAAAUUUCCAAGAUGCAAUAUUUCCAGACACGCAGGAGAACAGAAGGAUGUUUUCCAGUCUCUUCCAGUUUUCCAAUUGCUCCCAGGCGCAACAUGUCAUAACUUUCUCCAGUGACUGGGAUAUUCAGGAGGACAACAGGCUCAUGUGCUCUUCGGUUCAGAAAGCCCUGUUCGAGGAAGAGGAUCAAGUGAAGAAACUGCAGCAGAAGGUGGCAACCUUGGAGAAACGUAACAAGCAGCUGCGAGACCGGGUGAAGAAAGUCAAGAGGUCCCUCCGGCAAGCCAGGAAGAACAACAGGCACAUGGAGCAGAUAAACCGAAAGCUCAAUGAGAAGCUCUCCUCUGCAGGAGGCCAAAUCCCCCAUAUUAACUCUUUAAAGCAAGAGAACUCUCAUGCUACCUACCUUAAAGUAUAAUCCAAGGGUUAAGACACAGGCCAAUGAUAUUGGUGACUUAGGACCCAAUCCCACAUUUGUUACACAACCAAAUACACCAGUGGGAGUUUUGCCUGCAUUAGAGUGUAGGAUGUGGCCCUCACACCUUGUCUACAUUGGCAUUUGAACCAUGAAUGAAAACAAAUCAGAACUUUGUUUAGGUACAGUUCUAGAUAAGCAGGAUCUCCACUAGAUUUCACUGGACACUGUAGACCGGACCAAACCAUCUGAAGGGUGCUUCCAAAGAGCCUCACAGGGAAAUAGCCUUAAAAGCAGCAUCAAUACACUUUGGCUUCAUUUUCACUGCCUAGCACGAGUGUGUUUAAAAACAGGUUACCUGGAAAUGUGUCCGGGAGCUGAUCUAAUGCUCACCGUCAAUGGCAAUCUUGGUACUGAUUUCUAAUGGGAGGUGAAUCAGGAUCAGAAAAAAAAAAUUCAAUCCAGUUUUCAAGCAGGCUUCAAUUUUCAAGGUAGACAAGGUCACCGGUCUUGUGAUCACUGUCUUGAGACAAGAUGGAGGUUGCUGGGCAACCUCAUUUACCUAAGUUUAGAUACUGUAGGGAUCAUGUCAAUAUCAGCAGGGCAUUAACAUUAAGUCAGUUUUAAAUGUGUAUAUAUUUUAAAAGUCUUAUAGAAAAUAUUUUUAUUAAACAUUUGAUAGUCUAAUUUCUUAAAAUAUUAAGUAAAUCCUGUUUCUUGGUGGUUGUCACCCUUAAAAUAUGUUUCCCAACAUUCUUAAUUGGGCACCGCUAAAAGAGAUUAGAAAUGGAAUUAUUAAAAUGGCUUAGGUUAAGGCAGCAAUCUUAUUGGUUGACAAAGAUGCCAAUCUUGUGUACAUAUUUCAGUUCAUGGGUGGGAAUGGUUUAGCCAACUCACUCUGCUUACUAUCAAUAGGCUAUGGCAGGGUAGUAGAAAAAGAUAGUAAAGGAAGGUGUUCUUUAUGCUGUCCCCCCUUUUUAAUAUUUAUUUUAUAAUCAAUUUAUGUGACAUGAAUACAAAUACACUUAAUAUUUUCAACUUGAGGACAGGGGCAGCCGGACUUUGCCCAACCAAGGGCAACACUGACAAUUUGCCAUGGGUACACCUGACUUGAGUAAAAAGUCAGCAGCUUAUCUUUAUGCCAAGAAUGUGGGCCAGGGAAUCACAGGUCCCUGCAUGCAAUGCUUGAUCUGAACCCCCAAGCCUUACCAGACUGCCCAGAGCAUGACAUAACAUAGCAUGCUGGGAUAUGUAGUCUCCAUUGGCUGCUCUUUUCUACUGACGAGAACUAGGGAUGUGAAGGACUAGUCGACUAUCCAAUAAGUCAGUUGACUAGUCACCCCCCCCCCCCUUUGCUGCCUGUAUCAGAUGGAGGGGGUACUUCAAAGCGGCAGUGCCACACAAAACCCAGGGUCAGCUGCUCCAUGCGGCGCUGCUGCUUUGAAUGCUGCAAGGAGCUUGGCGUCAGGCUCCUCGCGGCAUUUCAAAGUGGCAGUGCUGCAUGGAGCCCAGAGUGAGUGGGGGUUCCCCAGCUGAUCCUGGGCUUCGGCGCUCUUACCUUUGAAGUGUAGC